AUGUUUUCCCGUGCCGUGAGACCGACCAUCAGCCUCGCCAGGAGCUUGUCCACUUCGUCGCAGAAUAACGCAAAAGUGGCGGUGCUGGGAGCGUCUGGCGGAAUAGGCCAACCACUGUCUUUACUGCUCAAGAACAGCCCCCUGGUGAGUCAACUCUCCCUCUACGAUAUCGCCCACACUCCCGGUGUUGCUGCAGACCUGAGCCACAUUGAGACAAGAGCCCAGGUCAAGGGCUACAUGGGUCCCGACCAGCUGGACGCUGCGCUUCAAGGUUGCGAAGUUGUCGUCAUUCCCGCUGGUGUGCCCAGAAAGCCCGGCAUGACUCGUGACGACCUCUUCAACACCAACGCAACCAUCGUAGCCACCUUGGCCGAUGCCUGCGCUCGCAACUGCCCCGAAGCAAUGAUCUGCAUUAUCGCCAACCCUGUCAACUCCACCAUCCCAAUCACAUCGGAGGUCAUGAAGAAACAUGGAGUCUACAACCCCAAUAAAGUGUUUGGUGUUACCACCUUGGACAUUGUAAGAGCCAAUGCUUUUGUGGCUGAGCUCAAAGGCCUUGACCCGGCCCGUGUUAGCGUGCCUGUUGUUGGGGGUCACGCGGGAAAGACCAUCAUCCCCCUAAUUUCCCAAUGUACCCCCAAAGUGGAGUUCCCCGCUGACCAGUUGUCCGCACUGACCGGCAGGAUCCAGGAAGCUGGCACUGAGGUAGUAAAGGCCAAGGCUGGAGCUGGUUCUGCCACCCUCUCUAUGGCGUACGCCGGCGCCCGCUUCACCUUUUCCGUUUUGGACGCCAUGAAUGGAAAGGAGGGUGUAGUAGAAUGUGCUUUUGUCCGGUCCGAGGAGACUGAGUGCAAGUAUUUCUCCACACCUCUCCUCCUGGGCAAGAAUGGCAUCGAGAAGAACCUCGGCCUUGGCAAGCUGUCCGCCUUUGAGGAGAAGCUGGUGGCCGAUGCAAUUGGUGAGCUGAAAGGCUCCAUCAAGAAAGGCGAAGAUUUUGUGGCCAACAUGAAGUGA